AUGGGUCCCGCGUCGAAUGUGUCUAGUAAUCCGUUUCACAAACCGUGCCCUAUCGAGUCGGAGUCCGCCGAGAAGCUUGAGGCGCAGAAGGCCGACUACGAGGCCAAGCUCGCCGACAUGAGCAAGGUGUCCCAGGCCAACUUAGAGAACACUAUCAAGGACUACGAGGCCAAGCUCGUCGAAAAGGAGAAAUUACAAGAGAUUGAGAUCGAACGUGUGAGGGACUUCAUCAUGCAUGAUUGCGUCGAGAUAAAGAAGAAAUCCGAGAUCAAGCUCAACGACCUCGCCGAGAACUACGAGGCCAAGAUUGCCCACCUGGAGAACGAAUCGCAGUCCAAGCUCGAGAAACACUGCGACUGGCUGCUCAAAGAAAUAAAGGGUGAAAAGAACUAUGAGAUCCAAAUCGACACGAUCAAGAAGGAACACGCACUAGAGUCUGAAGCCGCGCAGGAGGACUACGAGGCCGACCUCGACAGGCUCAAUCAGAGCUCUGCGAUUCUGCAACGUGCUUUCGCCGACCAGAGCUUGGAACUUGCAGCGCUCAAGGAGACAAAGACCAAGGAAGCCGACUUCCUCAGCAAGUCUGCCCAGCCAGACGCGGAAGCAAAAGAUGCAGGCCUGCUCGCUGACAAGAAGCCGGAUACCAAUGACAAGAAGCCCGAGAUCGACGCCCUCAAAGGCACUAUCGACGCCCUCAAGGACACCGUCAGUAUACAAAUGGUAGCCGCAGAAGAUCUCCGCGAGACUGUCAAGGACCUCCGAGAGCGCAAUGCAAAGCUCGAAGCAGAGCUUCAGAAGAAGUAG